AUGGUUACUCGACCACCAAAUGUAAUUGGUUAUCUUCAUUUAGGUCAUGCUAUAAUGUGUACACUUGAGGAAACAAUUUCUCGAUGGCAUCGUAUGUGUGGUGAUACAGUUCCUUGGGUACCUGGUUGUGAUCAUGCUGUUAAUUAUAUUUAUAAACAAAUGAAAGUAUUAGGUUCAUCAUGUGAUUGGUUACGACAAGACUUUACAAUGGAUGAAAACAUAUCAAAUAUUGUUAAAGAAGCAUUCACUCGUAUGCAUGAAAAAAAAUUAAUUUAUCGUUCAACACAAUUAGUUAAUUGGUCGUGUACACUUAAAUCGGCUAUUUCGGAUAUUGAAAUCGAAAAAAUGGAAUUAAAAGGUCGAUCAUUAAUCCCUGUACCUGGUUAUGAACAUCCAAUUGAAUUUAGUGUUUUAAUUUAUUUUGCAUAUUCAGUUGAAAAUUCAGGCGAAAAAAUUAUUGCAGCAACAUCUCGUCUUGAAACCAUGCUUGGUGACACAGCUGUUGUUGUUCAUCCAGAUGAUGAACGUUAUAAAGAUUUACAUGGUAAAUAUGUUCAACAGCCAUUUCUUCAACGUCGUUUACCAAUAUUAACUGAUACAAUGGUUGGUCCAGCAUUUGAUUCAAGUGCAGUUAAAGUUACACCAGCACAUGAUCACAAAUGA